AGGGCGGCCGGACCGCGAUGGCGGCGCGGGCCGGGCCCGGCCGGCCGGGGCCGGGGCUGGCGCUGGGGCUGGCGCUGGGAGCGGCGGCGGCGGGAGCCGGCCUGGGCCUGCUCUGGCUGCGGCGGCGGCGGCGGCAGGCCGGGCGGACGGUCGUGCCCCGAGUGCCGGUUCCCGUAGAGGCGGGAGAUGGUGCUAUGUACACACCUCUCCUAACGCACGAUGAGCAGGUGGAUGUGCUGGAGCGCCUUGACUUCGUGUUGAGAAACAUUUCAGAGCUAAGAAAAGAAGUGGAGGAGCUACGGAGCAGCCUGCAGCACUUAGCUGCAGAAAUCAUUGCUGAAGUCAGGUCCCAUCUGGAAGAAACCCAGAAGGUAACUCGCCGGAGGCGGUUCCCGUUUCCUAGGGAAAGAAGUGAUUCCACAGGCUCCAGUUCAAUUUAUUUCACAGCCAGCUCGGGAACAGCUAAUACGGAUGAUGGAGAAAGUGAAGGAGGGUACACCACAGCCAACGCCGAGUCUGAUUACGACCGGGAGUCCGAGAGAGAGAGCGAAGAAGGAGAAGAUGAAGUGAGCUGUGAAACAGUGAGAACUGCGCGACGGGAUUCCCUGGAUCUCGUCAACGAGGAUGAAGCGCCUUUAAUCUUAGAUUCCUCACUAGAGGAAGGACUGGGUCAGCUACUGCAGCAGGCUGACCGCUUGCACAAUGGGGAUGAGCAGGAGAAGAGAGAGGGAUUCCAGCUGCUGCUGAAUAAUAAACUGGCGUAUGCAGACCAGAAAGACUUUCUUUGGCGCCUGGCCCGAGCACAUAGUGAUAUGUGUGAAAUCACAGAAGACGCAGAUGAGAAGAGAUCAUACGCAUCUGAUGGGAAAGAAGAGAUAGAAAUUGCCUUACAGAAAUGGGAUCAAAGUGCUGAGUGCCAUCAAUGGUAUGCUAUUCUUUGCGGGCAGUUAUCGGAACAUGAGAGCAUUCAGAAGCGCAUUCAAACUGGAUAUGUUUUUAAGGAACACAUUGAUAAAGCAAUUGAACUGAAACCAGAGGAUCCGCAGUCUUACUAUCUUUUGGGCAGGUGGUGUUACCAGGUUUCCCACCUGGGAUGGCUGGAAAAAAAGACUGCUUCUGCUUUGUUUGAAGCCCCUCCUACAGCCACUGUACAGGACGCACUGCAAAACUUCUUACGGGUUGAGGAACUGAGCCCAGGAUUUUCCAAAGCAGGAAGAGUAUACAUUGCCAAGUGUUACAGGGACCUGGGGAACAACUCUGCAGCUGUUCUCUGGAUGAAUCUUGCUUCAGAACUGCCAGCUAAUACAAAAGAGGUAGCAGUCUCAGAUGCAGAAAGCGAGAGAGAACUUGAAGAGAUGCGGUCAGUCUGGGAAGAAUAAAUAUGUAAAGGCUUAUUCCACUUGAUACUGCACAGACAGUAAAAUUCCAGUUAAAAGGGUUUCAUGAUCCUGACCACUUUGAUUGAUUGCACUUCAUGGAUAAGCCACAAGAGUUUACAGGAAAAAAACACGCAGCAGUCUCAUCAGCAUGUCCAGGAAAAAUGCUUGGUGGGAUUUAAUCAGAUAAAAUUUUGUAUUAUUUUCCUUCUUACAGCACUGCAUCUGUUUGAUUUUAAAAUUCCUAAAAAAUGUAAAAUUCCUAAAAACAGGGGGCGGGGGUGUAUAGGUAGAAUUUGUGAUAUAAAAAUAUUUGUGAUUAUGUAUAUAUCAUAGAUAUAUGUGACAUACAUACUUUGUGAUAUAAAAAUAUGGACACAAAUAUAUACAUAUUUAUAUGUACACAUACCUAUUUUAUGUCACAGACUCUACCUAUCUAACAACCUGAACUUCAGGCCUGCUUGCUGGUGAGCUCUCUCAACUGAUUCCUGAGGAAGUCUUCAGCCAAAAUUUUUUUCCAAUUAACCGUUUUCUCUUUUCCUUAUUAAUAAGUAUUAAUUGAAUCAGUUGAAAUAAUAACUGAUUGCAUGCCUUUCAUAGAUGUUUAGGUGAGGUAAAAUUUCAAGCCACUGUGCUCGGCGGUCAGUGUGCCGCUGAUUUUUACCAGCGUGACGCACUGGAGGCAGCGGGAUGUUCUCCCUGCCCUCAGCCUGGUGAUUCAAAUGGGCACUGACACUGUGACCUAAGAAAAGGCAAUUACAAAAAAAAGACGACAAAAAUGACUUAAAAUGAGCGAGUUGUCAGCCCUUUCUUCCUUGCUGUGAAAAAAUGGAUGGCGGUGGCCAAAACAUACUCUUGUUGGUCCUUCCCAACUAUGUCUAAACUACCUUACUGGUUUUCCACUGGGGGGAAACCAGCACCGCUCACUAUGGUGGGUUAUUACCAGGGGACCAACAGAUUUCCUUCACAAUACAAACUUUAUUAUUAAGAGGUGCACUGCUUUUGUCAGAGAAGCAAGUAAUAAGAUUUUAAGACUUCAUCCUUCACUCACACAAGAUUGAAAACUUCUUACGUCCUAAACUACGCUGCUAUGGUGUAGAUGUAAUAACUUAGUCUGAAAAGUAGUUAUUUAUCAGUGAAACACUGGUUACAGGAACAGGAAUAUUCUGUGGCAAAGGCGAUGUUUCCCUGUGAUGUUCUUCUACCAGUUCUUGACUCAUGAGGUGACACUGAGAAGGUGAAGCUGACAACUGACAUUUCCUCUGACAGCUGCUGGGUACCAAACAGAAAAAGUAAACUGUGCUGUACACGGACACAAAUGGUGAAGCAAAAGCUAUGUUCAAAAAAUUUCCCCAAAUAUUUAGCAAGGCUUUCUUGAUAUCCCUUCAAAUUUCAACUGGCAGCUAACCGGAUGCUUAUUUUUUAAUGUUUGUUAUGUCUUGCCACGUUGUAUAGUGUUUGUGAAGUGUAAAGUAAAAAAGUGCAAGAGUAAAACAUUUCUUAAUCACCUUUUUAGUCCCUUGCACAUGUGUGUUAAACUGAUGGGGUUUUUACUUUGUGAAAAUAACACUGAAGGGGAAAUGCGUAGCAAACUCGAGCUUAAAAACGUCCCAUUUUAUAGAUUUGGCACUUUUUAGCUCCCCCCCCCAAUUAAACUCUCUAAAAUUUUGGUGCUGAACUCGUCUCAUGAGAUCCAAGCAAGUUUAUUUGCUUAAAACGCUAACAAUUGAUACUUAUAAAUGAAGAACUGCAUCCUGACAGGGUACAGUUGAUCCCUGUGUUUUUGCGCAGAGCUCCCCUUGCAAUGAGAGGGCACUUGAUCUGUAAUUGUGGGACAUUUUUGUACUUAAUGUAUGCUUUUCUUGCAGUUCUUCAGUGGAAUGAUGAAGCUGCCUUUUUUACUUAGUGUGAAUCUGUCUUGUUUUGAGUAUUUCCCAGUGGAUGACCAUUUUCUUCUUCUAAACAUCCAAUCCUUAAAUAAUUGCACAAGUUUUUCAGCUGUUUUCUUUUUGGUUGCUUAAGCCAAGCUGGGAAAUCCUCAACAGUGAUAUCCGAGAGGUGAUGAUCAGCAACUUGAUUCCUUCAUGGAGGAUUUGCAGGGGUUUUUUUCUGGAGAGAAAUGGUAAUAGCUCUCAAAACAGUCGUAUAGUUAGCUGUACUUGCAUUGCUUUUCCUUGCCAGCAAAUCCCAGAGUGAUAUUAAUCAGUAAUGUUUGCUGUUCUGUGUGUUGCUCAAACGUUGCUGCCUUCCAAAAGUAAAUGGUUUCAGUGUAUGUAAUAGGAAGAGUGCGAAAAGGAAAUAUUUACACUACAAAGAGUCCGUAGCUUUACUUACUUGCAGACUUCUUCAAGCCUUCACCUGUUGUUUAACUUGUCAAAACAUAAACUGUUCAGAGGAGCAUUUGGAUUAUGUAUUUUCUGGAGAUAACUUUCACUCUGUGUUUCCACAGAUUUAAAUUCUCCUUUGAUUUUUGGGGGGUGUCUGUUUCAAAACAACAAGGGGUUGUAGGCUUGAGUUAAAAAAAGUGCCAAUUUGCUGUUCCUUUCAUCUGCUGCUUGGGAUUCUGCGCUGGGUUAGGUUUGAGUGUUUCAUCCCAUUUAUGUUUGUUAAGUCUUUAAGAGGGGGAUGCAUGAGGAAAGCAUUUUGUUAAUUUGUUAAUUGCCAAGGGGCCGUAUUGGUUGGCAGCACCUCUCCGGACAAGCAGCCGCUGUUAAAAGUCCUCGUGAAAGAGUGUUGUAAAAACACAGCUUUGGGUUACAGGCCAAACUGCCUGUUCGGAAACUGAUACCAAAAAUCUUGUUUUUCUUACCAAUAGAAACUGAAGUUGUUUUCUUCUGGGGGGGGAGAAGGCAUUUGGUGCAGUCGUGUGGGCCAUACUGGGCUGUGACCAGAACCUCUGCUGUCUCUGAGUAAAAAUAACCUGCUUUCCUGGAGGAAAAGGUGGUAAUUAAAUUAUGGUAAUUCUUCUCACUUGGCAUUCGUUCUCAGAUGAUUUUACAUGGAUGCAACCUUUCAGCUCUCAUUUAUUCUAUUUCAGACCUUCGGUGAAUGCUUUAAGCUUUCUGUGUGUUUGAUUGCCUGCUUCACUUUUUAUGUUUUGGUUUGGUUUUUUUUUUUAAAUCAGUUUUGGCUUAAAAGAGCAGGGUCUGGCGUUUUGCUCCCCCAUAUCCUUUGUGUGUGUGGUCUUGUCCCUUUCUUGGGGGAUCUGAAGUCGAGAGGUCUGUUAUUCUGGUUUUCAUACAGGAAGGAUUUCCUCCGGCGGCACAGCUCCUGCCGGGAGAGCUGGGGCGGAGGUUUGUGUCUAGCGUGUUAUUUUUUCUCGUCUGCUGUAUCUGCUGGAACCUAAUUAAUGCGUCUCUAAGAUGACGAUGAAAGGCAAUGACAGAACUCGCAGAUCCUUUCAAGUACAGAUAAAAGCUGUAUUUUGCCGUUUUCAGUCUGAUCUCCAGGAAGUUAUGACAUAACGAUCAAAAGAACCUUUUUCAUUUUGGUUUUCCCUUUUCCUGGCUUGUUGUGAAUAAGAAGAAUGUGACUAAUUAACAUAAUUUAAUUCUAAUAGCAUAGCUUGCAGGUUGAUGUGGAGAUAAGGCAAGGCUGUGUAACUAAAACACUUCCCAAUCAACAAUGCUUGGGGUUUAUUUUUUUCUUUAGCAAUAAAAUGUGCAGCCUCCUGUUAGGCUCUUGCUAUGCCGCACGCUGGGGAGGGGAAGCCGUUCCUCCUGUUUGUGAGGGGAGGAUACGUUUCAGUAGCUUUCAGACAACAUGGAAAUCGAGACUUUUUAAAAUUUGCACAUGCUUUGCAGACUAAUCCCAGAGUACAAUGUGAAUUUCUUGAAGACGCCUGCACUGUAUACAUUCCAGGACCAGAAGAAAUUAAUUUGCCUGGUACGAUUUUGGUAGAGAGACACUCUAUCCUGCUCCCAUCCAGAUAAGUUUUCCUGGACUUAUCCCAGGGUGAGAGAGAAUAAUUUCCUGGGGCUCCUGUUGUCUUAAUUUUAAAACAUACCUACCUGUGGUUAAAUUAUGAUACUAAAGAAUAACUGAAGCUAUUUAGCUAAUUUAUCCUCACUGUGCUGUUCUGUUUGAAAUAAAGUAUUUAUAAAUAAGGAGAAGAGGAUCCUGCUUAAAGUUACCCGUGUUGCUCUCUUGCUUUUUAUGCCAGUACAUACAUAGGUGAAGAAACCCGACAGCCGGGUGGAGGUCUUCUGCGUAAUAUCGUUGUACUGGUACGCAUGGUGGCUGUGCCAAAUGCAGUAGGAAAUUAUGGGAAAGUAACGUACAAUGUUAUUGUUCAUAGAUCACUGUUUGUAUACAUAAUGAUGUGGGUUACACCUGUAGCAGAUUUUGUAUGUCAAUACAAGGACUACUGCUUACGUUUUUAAAAUGCACCAAAGUAAUCCAGCCACACUUUGUGGCACAUGAUGUACUCCAAGUGAAGUUGUUUUUAAAUAAAGGCGGAUAAUCGGUUGUGA